AUGCCAAAACUCAGAGUCAAUCUACUAUCGGCUCUGCUACUCUGGCCUGUUGCGUCCCUCGCGACGCAAAAUGAUCCUCUAGCCUACGUCAAUCCUCUCAUCGGGACGAUAAACGGUGGUAAUGUAUUCGCUGGAGCAACUCUUCCUUAUGGCCUCGCCAAAGCCGUCGCAGAUGUAGAUGGAGCCAAUACUGGCGGUUUCGCUUUGGAUGGCUCCAACGUCACUUCGUUUUCUUCCGUUCAUGAUUCUGGGACGGGGGGCAAUCCAAGUCUAGGCAAUUUCCCAUUGUUCCCGCAGGUCUGCCCGUCCGAUGAGCUUAACAAUUGCAAGUUCCGGAUUGGGGAUCGGAAAGUUCAUUACAAGAUGAACUCGGUUGUUUCUGAGCCUGGACUCUUCGGUAUUGAGCUUGAGUCUGGCAUCCAUGCGAACAUGACAGUAUCAGAACAUGCUUCAUUGAUGAAGUUUACAUUUCCAAGCUCCGAAGACAAUCAUCCGUUAAUCUUGCUUGACCUUACAGAUCUAUGGCAAAGCCGGCAAAACGCCAGCAUUCACGUAGACGAAAAAUCUGGUCGCAUGGUUGGAAAUGGGACAUUCCUGCCUUCUUUUGGCGCCGGCUCAUACCAGCUUCACUUUUGUGUGGAUUUCUUUGGUGCGAAAGUACACGAUACGGGCGUAUGGGUCAAUAAUCGUGCUGGAACAGAACCGAAGGAAAUAUUUGUCACCCGCGGAUUCAACCUAUUUUAUAUCGAGGGUGGCGGCUUUGCGAGAUUCAGUCCCGGUCCUGACAAUACAGUGACAGCAAGAGUUGGUAUCAGCUUCAAAAGCUCAGAACAGGCAUGCAGCAGCGCUGAAAAGGAGAUUCCAAGUCCCCUUAAGGAUUUUGACAAGCUUGUCAAGUCUGCCAAGGAUGCAUGGCGAGAGAAACUAGAGCCGAUAUCCGUUAAAACUGGAGGGGCGGACAAGGAUUUGUUGUUCAGCUUUUGGAGUGGUAUUUACAGAAACAUGAUCUCACCGCAAAACUACACAAAUGAGAAUCCCUACUGGGAUACUGGCAAUCCUUACUUUGAUUCAUUCUAUUGCAUUUGGGAUAGCUUCCGAGCUCAACACCCGCUUUUGACUAUCAUCGACCCUCAUGCGCAGACGCAAAUGGUCCAGUCCUUGUUGGAUAUGUACAAACACGAAGGGUGGUUGCCUGACUGCCAUAUGUCAAUGUGCAAAGGAUGGACACAGGGAGGUUCUAAUGCCGAUGUUGUUCUUGUAGACGCCUACGUCAAGAAUCUCAGCAGCACGAUCGACUGGGAACUAGCACUGGAAGCUAUUGUUACCGAUGCUGAAAAAGAGCCUUUGGAGUGGUCUUAUCACGGACGUGGCGGCCUGCAGAGCUGGCGCAAGUACGAUUAUAUCCCGUAUCUGGACUUUGACCCUCUUGGAUUUGGGACCAAUUCGCGCAGCGUGUCAAGAACUCUUGAAUAUGCAUACGACGACUUUUGCUUGGCCACUCUCGCUGAGGGAUUGGGAAAACAUGAUUUGCAGAACAAGUACAUGCGCCGCAGUAUGAAUUGGCAAAAUUUGUGGAAGAAAGACCAGACUUCCAUCAUCAAAGGCAACGAUACUGGGUUCAGAGGCUUCUUUCAGCCCAAGUAUAUGAAUGGUACUUGGGGCUUUCAGGACCCAAUAGCUUGUUCGGCUCUUGCCAGCUUUUGCUCACUAACGUCAAAUCCGAGUGAGACGUUUGAAGCCAGUAUCUGGCAAUAUUUGUUCUAUGUACCUCACGCGACUUCCUCCCUCAUUUCGCUGCUGGGUGGUGACGAAGAAUUCAUAUCCCGCCUUGACUUUUUCCACAAGAGUGGAUUGGCAGACAUUUCCAACGAACCAGUCUUCCUGACCGUUUACCUCUACCACUAUGCCGGUCGUCCGGGGCUGUCUACCGAGCGGAUUCACCAGUACAUCCCUUCCUCGUUCAACAACACCCACGGCGGGCUUCCAGGUAAUGACGAUUCGGGAGCCAUGGGAGCAUUCUUCUUCUUCUCUGUCAUGGGCCUGUUUCCCGUAGCCGGGCAAAAUGUGUACCUCAUAAAUGCGCCAUUCUUUGAGGAAGUAAGUAUCAAGCACCCUGUAACAGGGAAGAAGGCAACCAUCCGUGCGGUCAACUUUGACCCUAAGUAUAAAAAUGUGUAUAUUCAAAAGGCGACGGUCAAUGGCAAGCCGUGGACGAAGUCGUGGAUCGGUCAUGAGUUCUUCACGGAGGGCUGGACACUGGAAGUGACGCUGGGCAGCAAAGAAUCGGACUGGGGCAAGAAACCGGCUGAUCGACCGCCAAGCUGGACAAUUUAG